UCUCCUCACAUUCUGAUAGCAAUUACUGUGUUAAGUUGUUUAAAUGUAUUUGUAAAAAUUUAUGUCAUCUGUGAAAGGCGUAGGACCAAAAAAUGUUCAACAAAUCAUAGAUUUCGGUCCGAACGGACGUUUCCUUUUAUGUCCCUCAUACGUAAGCGUAAUUUGAAUUCCCACUGCGCAGCAAGUCCACGCAGAUACCAUACGUCAUCGCCGCGUUCACGUGCGCUCUGUCUGUAAACAGCGAGAACAGCAAACUUUUCUGCUGAAUUGACAACCUACACAGGAGCAGCAAAACUAAAUGCAUCUUUUAUAACAACAACAGCAAAAACUGCCUGGAUCAGCAAGAGCAAAAACCCAAAUUAACAUCUGUAACUUUAGUGCUUUACCGCGAGAUGCAAACAGCUACAGGAGGCAAAGGGUCUAUUUUGGUAAGCCGUUCAAUCUGACACGCAAUUCUGCCCUAUCUUGGGUGUGCCCACUCAACUGCAAGCACUUAAAAAGAGGACAAACUUUUAGGAGGCAAGUCAGUUGGCACUGGCACAUCUGCUUAUACCACAGAUUCAAAAUGAGUCUCUCAGCUAAGGACAAGGAAACCGUGAAGGCCCUCUGGGCUAAGAUCUCUCCAAAGUCUGCAGACAUUGGUAAUGAGGCCUUGUCCAGAAUGCUCCUGGUCUAUCCUCAGACCAAGACCUACUUCGCUCACUGGAGUGACCUGACACCUGGUUCUGCUCCUGUAAAGAGCCAUGGAAAGAAAAUCUUUGCAGGAAUUGGUCUGGCUGUUGAGAAAAUUGACGAUCUUUUCGCCGGCCUGCUCAAUCUCAGCGAGCUGCAUGCCUUUCAACUGAGAGUUGAUCCUGCUAACUUCAAGGUCUUCUCCCACUGCAUUCUUGUGGUGAUUGCCAUGCUAUUCCCCAAGGACUUCACACCUGAAGCACAUUUGGCCUUGGACAAGUUCCUUGCAAGAGUGGCACUGGCUCUGUCUGACAGAUAUCGUUAACCAGUGUGACUGUUGUUAAGCGACUCGAAAACCAGCUUGAAUGUUGUCUUGCUGAUUUGGUCAACAACAUGACCAUAUAAAAUAAAAAAGUCUUGAGACCCUCAAAUACUGUAUGUGCAAAUCUUUUCUAAAAU